AUGAAAUCUUUUCUGGCCAUUCUACUUUUUGCCCCCUUCAUCGUUAGCCUUCAUGCCAAUGAUCUUGACGAGUACCUUUUUGAUGCCGAAGUAGACGGUGAGAUUCCUGAUCGACACCCAAUUGUGGUAAGCAUGAGUUAACGUCCCGCAAGUGUUUAUUGCCAAUUGACUUAUUGGAAAUUUUCUUCCCGAAGGAUAAGGAAGUAAACGAUGCGCAUUUUAACACUAACAGGUUGGCUAUCAAACAUGAAGUACUAUUAUCAUUCAUAAGUUUGGACUCUUUCCUCUGUUGCCUACUCAUACAUGCUCUGAAGCCAAUGGCUUAGAAAAGCGAGAAAAAAGUAAAAGGUGCGAACGGUUAAGCGCAGAAACGUCGUAUGCGCUCUUUCUUGUUCUAUUCUUUUCAGUCGUGUGUUCCUCAGUACACUGCUAUAAUCACCAUUGUUGGUUUAAUUAUAAUUACUAGAAUUAUUCUACUGAUUUUAUUCUUUGUUCACGUUCAGCAAUGCAGCAUCGACUUGUAUGACUGUCUUAACCUUGGAGAAAAGGGCAAAUUCGAAUGUUUAAAAGAUUACAAAACCUGCAUGUCCGUGCUGAUACCAACAGCCCCACCACCAUUUUUGGUAAGAAUGAACCAGAGGUAGCUUUAGUAAACGAGUCAACGAGAAUGUAAAACUAUGACAGGGCGCGGCUAAGGGAACUAAGGAAUAGAAGGGGUAAGUUUCUAAAGAAACUGUGGUGCUGCGUCAGUGGAGGAGCAUAACAGGGUUAUUUAGUAUUAUAAACUGAGUUGAUAACGUAAAUUGACCACUGUAAAGAGUUUAAAAGCUGACGUUUCGAGCGUUAGCCCUUUGUUAGCCCAAUCGCUCUGACGAAAGGGUUAACGCUCGAAACGUCAGCUUUUAAACUCUUUACGGUGGCCAAUUUACGUUAUCAACGCAGUUUAUAACACUAAAUUACCCCAAGGGGAAUAAGGUUUUUUGGGGGACACGUGAUCCCCUCCAAUAGGAAAAGGCAUUGGUCAGAUCACUUUCACAUGAUGACAGACACCUCCAUGAGGUGUGAGUCGUUUCUCGGUCAACAUACAAUCGAAAACGUACCAUUAAAGGAUUGUGUCUUUAAGGAGAAGAAAAUACCUCAACGGCUAAAAGAUCGAUGGGAUUUUCCAUUUUGGCAGACUUGAUAUCAAAGGCAAAAAUGUAGUCAUUUAAUUUCGUGAUUGUUAGCUAUUCUUCCCUUAUUUCCUAUAAAUGCUCUUUAGUUUGGUUUUAAAAGAUAUGCACUAGCUGAGUGCCACUUUCGAAUCAUAUGAUCUGCCAAAUUUCCCCCCAGAAUGUUGCCACAGAUAAGCACAGAAAUAAUUUAGUUGAUUAUGUAUAUUCUUUCAAAUUCCAUAUUAUUCUAUUUUGUUUUUCUAAUGAUUAUAUUCUGUAUUGCACAUCUAGCAAUGCAAAAUAGAUCUAUUGAAGUGUGUCAAACAGGGAAACAAGGAUAAACUCGAAUGUCUCAAGGAUUACAAAACCUGCAUUUCGGCGCUGAUGCCGACAGUGCCUCCAUACGUGGUAAGUAAUAGCUUCUUAUCAGUUCGUUUUAAACCUUAACGAUGACACACAGUUAUACGUUGCCGUAGCCUUGAGGAUUCAAGAGAUCCUAUGGCCACUGAGAGCGAUAAUCUGGGAAAUAAACCGUCUUGAUGUAUUCAAUUGACGGCCAUUAUCGAUAAUUUUUCUCAUUGGAAUGUUGUUCUAAUGGAAGAGAUAUUCAAAAAACCUAUGUUAAAGUUAUAUAUUUCAUUGCCUAAAGUUUCUUUUGCCAGGAAACCUGUUUUAACAACGCCAUACAGUGCGUGAAAGAUAAGAAAAACUUAGCAAUGAAAGCUGGGUGUCUCAAGGAACUUUUCGUGUGUAUAAAAGACAAAGGGCCCGAAGAAGUUGUUUUCGAUGCGAUCGAAGACAUGGGACAGAUGGAAAACUCGAACGGUUUCAGAGUAAGUUCGUGUCCAAGAUUUGGAAGCACUUCAGUAGUCACUAACUCUUGUCGUGGCUAUUUAUAGAUUAGAGAUGAGAGAAUUUCUGUUAAUGGUCAUACUUUGACUUGGAUUAAUACCAUAGGUGGUAACAACCUUUGGAAAUAAUCGAAACAACAGUUAAAAGGAGAGGAUGAGACUUAGGGGUAUAGCGAGGAGGUAAAGAAGGUUUCCAAGGGUACCCACGGAAACCAAAUCUCCGGGAAAGAUUUUUUUCUCUUUUUCUUUUGUUUUAAGUUAUGCACUACUAUUAUCCAUGAGAAAAAAUACCGGGUAAUGCAAAAUGGAAGUCGGGUGGAAAUGAUACGUUCCCCCCCCCCCUUUGAAAAACUCCAACUACGCCCAUGAUGAUAAAGCUAAAGUUUUUGUUCUGGCUUUCUCGUCUCCAAACACAGCCCUCUAAGAAUUUUUUUCCCAUUUUCCUAAUGCGUUAGAGAUAUUCAUGCGUUGCAAUUCCGUACUUAUUCGUUUUCUUUUUGUCUAAUUUUAAUUUUUUUUUAACUAAACAUAGAAAUGCCAAAAAGAUUUAUACCAAUGCUUCAAGGACGAAAACGACGGAAAGAUAUGUUCAGCUAAUUACAAAGCAUGUAUGGAGGCACUGAUACCGGCAUAUGUGGUGAGAAAAAGACAAGUAUGAUUUAUGAUUUAAAUUUUGCUGCUUCUGUCGUCGUGUCUUACUGAUAAAAUAAAACAAAGAUAUCAGCCAUUGUAUAUAAUGAGAUUAAACACGAAACUCUCCAAGCUAAAAGUAGUAAAAAUAUAUAAAAGACAGAGAGAAGGAUUGAGAUUAAGAUAUUGGUUAGGCCUGUCCCUAUUGUGCAUGCUCUUUAUAUGCUGGAAAGUUGCUUUAUUUGUGUUCAAAAGGUCUAUACAAAUUCAAGAAAGUCGCAUAAAUUGAAGUUCUCUAUGAAAUUAUUAACUUUCGUGCUUGAUAUGCUCUUUAAACCUAUUUGGCAAAUUGAAAAUUAUCUACUAUCUGUGUUGAGAUAGCGAGCUAAGAAAAGUUCAAUUUUUAUUCGUUUUACAUCACUCGUGUUAUUGCUGAGUUUUUUUUCUUACGAUUUGAAUUUACAGAAAAAGUGCUAUGCCGAGGCUAAGGAGUGUUUUGGCGAUGCUCAGUCUCUUAAAGAAACGUUCAACUGCGCUAAACAGCUCGGAAAAUGUCUCCAAAAUGGUGCACCAACUACUUCUCCACCAUUACCAACCGAAAAAUGAUUUGAAUUGUGCUGGACAUAACUGGAAGUAGAUGUACUUAAUUAGAGUACAAAUAUAAGAACAUGAGAAAUG